UAGGAAGAACAACGCAUUUCAGCCAUUAUUCGGUUUCAAAGUCCUCAGCUGUUCUUCUGAAAACCCUAAAUUUCUACAAAACCUAGAUUUUCAAAACCCUAGAUUUCUCUUUCAUGAAUUAUUCCAACAGAUUCCAAUCCCAAUCCCACUCGCCCUCUGCUCCUCCCCUGCCCGAAUCCUCCGGCCAGCAGCCCUCUUAUUUGCAGAGGCCUCCCGGCGGGCAGCUCGGGCACUCUCCUCCUCCUCCCUAUUCCUCCCCCUAUUCAUCUGGAUACUCUUCUUUCCCCAGCUAUGGCGGGGUUUUCCCGCCGGGAACGCAUCCUGACAUUAUCCGCAGCUUCCAGGCCGUCGACAGGGAUCGUAGCGGGUUCAUAGAUGAGAAGGAGUUGCAGGCAGCGCUCUCGACGGGUUAUCAGAAAUUCAGCUUGCGGACUAUCCGGCUACUCAUUUUUCUCUUCAAGAAUCCGAACGAUCCGUCUCCGAGGGUCGGGCCUAGUGAGUUUGCAGCGCUAUGGAACUGUCUUGGACAAUGGCGGGCAAUCUUUGAAAGAUUCGAUAGAGAUAGGAGUGGGGAAAUUGACUCGUUGGAACUGAGGGAUGCUCUGCUUAGUCUUGGAUAUGCAGUUCCACCUUCAGUUCUUCAAGUACUAAUGUCAAAAUACGACGAUAGAAGUGGCCGUAGGGGUGCACUUAAUUUCGACAGCUUUGUUGAGUGCGGGAUGAUUGUUAAGGGUUUAACGGAGAAGUUCAAGCAGAAAGAUCCACGCUAUACUGGAACAGCAACACUUACCUAUGAUACGUUCAUGUCUAUGAUCAUCCCAUUCAUUGCGUCAUAGAUCUGGUUUCGUUUCACAAACUUGCUUUGUAUCAUGCGGUCAAUUCUUUCAUUAUGGUAGGUUUGCGAAGUGUACAUGUCAUCGCUGGACAUGAAUGUGGUUGGUUUUCUUUGAUUUUGUCAAGCAUGGUUUUAAUCUCCUUGUAACAAUAUGUUCAUUACGGUCUCUGUCCUGUCAUGCUAUGUGAGGAAUUCCUGUUGUGUUGUGUAAUGAACAACAUGUCUGUUAAAUAACAGCAAUGGCUAUUGCACUUGAGAGUAA